CAAUGACGUCGUUUUCAAUCCCAGCUACAAACCCAAACUGGCUCGAACUUCCCAAAAAAAUAACAGCAAACAUCCUCAAGAGACUUGACACUGUUGAAAUUCUUACCAGCGCACGCAAUGUUUGUCCUUAUUGGUGGAACAUUUGCAAAGACACUCUCAUGUGGCGUACUAUUCGCAUGAGCGAUAUUCACAUAUUACAUUAUAAUUCUUCUAACUUAUCCAAGAUUUGUUGCUACGCAGUGGACAAAAGUUGCGGUGGUCUCCAGGAUAUUUAUAUUAAAUAUUUUGGAAAUGAUGAUCUCCUCAAAUAUGUAGCAGAUAGGGCGAGUCAGUUACGACGCUUAAGGAUUGAAGAUUGCCCGAGAUCAUUGUCAAAAGAAGGGUUGAGUGAUGCUGUAAAGAAAUUUCCACUGUUAGAAGAGCUUCAUAUUUCAAAAUGCCACCUCCUCCAUACAGCUUCUUUUGAUACUAUUGGUCAAUCUUGCCCUCUUUUAAAAUCGUUAAAACUUGAAAGUUUUUUGGCUGAAAAUGAAGCAUGUGAUCGUCAGGCUUUUGGUAUAGCUGGAAAAAUGCCUGGACUGUGUCAUCUUGAAAUUUUGAAAAAUAAUCUUUCUAAUGAGGGAUUGAUUGCAAUUCUUGAUGGAUGCCCUCUUCUUGAGUCUCUUGACAUUAGAGGAUGUUUGCAUUUGGAUUUGAGUGAAAGUAUAUGGCAAAGAUGCAAGAAACAGGUCAAAGACUUACGCCUUCCUGCUGAUUAUAUAGAUGAGCAGGAUGAUACUUGUGGUGAUAUUCAUCUUAACAGCAACAUUUGUUGUGUCUAA